AUGUCCACAUUAUCAAAACCUAUGAGGUAUACUUUACCUCAGUCAUUUGUAGACUCUUCAUUUUUCAGCAAGCUUGCCCAAUUGAAAUUGGAAAAAUACAAGCUAGAUUCCACUACGCGAGAUAUCUUUGGUUACCAGUCUUUACCAAGCAAGCUCAACAAGUUCGAUGAUGUUCCUACCGUCAGUUUAGACGAAGAAAGCUUUAACCAAGAUGCAAGCGACCUGACUAAACGUAUAUUGCAGGGCGAGCUAAUCAAUGUCAAUACUAUUGAAGAGUUUAAGAAUAUCAACAAACAAAAUCUUUUAAGUAGCUGGGGCCGAGCUCUUCAAGAGGUUAUAUGGAAGUCCCGAGAUUUUGAUUGUAAACUAUUCUUCAAAUUUGCCAUUUUGAGUUUUUCGGAUUUGAAAAAGUACAAGUUUUAUUACUGGUUGGCUUUUCCCACUUUGCAAAGCAAUUGGACUAAGCUCGAAGAAAAAAAUGUUGAUAAGGAAACGCUUGAACUUAUUGAACCGUACUUGAGUAACUCAGAGGGACAACAACAACAACAACAACAACAACAACAACAAUUUUAUCAGUUUUCCGAAAAGAAGCUUUUCAGCACGUUUGACAUUGCAAAAGACCACACGUUUGUGUUUUUUGACUCUUGCUUAAGUCACGAUAAGCGACCAGCGGCCCAGCUCAAAAACUACUUGUAUUAUUUGGCAUAUAAAGGGUUGAAGACCAUAAAUUUAAUUGUAUAUCGGAACAACGGCUUGUCCUUUCAAAACAUACUAGAACUUGAGCUGGCGGUGCUGCCGGAUGAAUUGAAGGUAGUUGGUUGGGAGAGAACAAGCCAGGGUAAACUAGGUCCCAAAAUGGCCGAUCUAAGCGCUUUGAGCGACCCUCAUGAAUUGGCAGCGCAAGCAGUAGACUUGAACCUCCGGUUGAUGAAAUGGAGAGUGGCACCCGAGCUAGAUCUUGAAAUACUCAAAGCUCAAACAGUUUUGCUUUUGGGUGCAGGCACAUUAGGAAGCUAUGUAGCGCGAGCUUUGCUUGGGUGGGGUUUUAGAGAGAUCAACUUUAUUGAUAAUGGACAGGUUUCAUAUUCCAAUCCAGUGAGGCAACUGCUCUAUAACUUUAAGGACUGCUUUAGUGAUAACGGGCGGGGAGCCACAAAGGCCACAACAGCCGCUGAGAAUUUAAAGAGCAUUUUUCCUGGUGUUAGAACAAGUGGGUUCGACAUUGGAGUUCCGAUGAUAGGACACCCAAUUACAGACGAGGAAACACAGAAAGCGAACUACCAAACUUUAGAACAAUUGUUUGACAAGAGCGAUGUUGUUUUCCUAUUGAUGGACUCUAGAGAAUCGCGAUGGUUGCCUACAGUUAUGGGAGCAGCCAAGGGAAAACUAGUGAUAAAUGCCGCUUUAGGAUUUGAUAGUUAUUUGGUGAUGAGACAUGGCAAUGCCAACCAGCACAAGGAGAACAAAUUAGGUUGCUAUUUUUGCAAUGAUAUAGUAGCUCCCGAGGACAGUUUAUCAGACCGAACACUAGACCAGAUGUGUACGGUAACAAGACCCGGAGGCGCUUUAAUGGCUUCAUCUUUAGCGGUUGAACUAUUGGUGUCUCUUUUGCAGCACCCCAAAGGACAAAACGCAAGCCACAAUGAUUCAUCAUCAUCAUCAUCCAAGUUUGGUACAACGCCGCACCAAAUCAGAGGCUUUUUGAGCAAUUUCACUCAGUCAUUGUUUUUUUCCCCCAGUUACCCAAACUGUUCGGCAUGUUCACCUAGUGUGGUUACAGAGUACCGCCAAAAUGGCUGGGAAUUUGUUAAAAAAUGUUUGAACGAUCCAGAGUACUUGGAAAAUUUGUGUGGAUUGAAAAAGGUGCAAGAGGACGCUGAGUUGGCCAUUAAGCAACUUCUUCCCCAGAUGGACCUCGAUGAGGACGACGAGGACAACGAAUGGCUAAGCUAA